GCCAAAAGAGAUUCUUUCUCAAUUUAUUUUUUCUGAUAUAUUGUUGCACGCAAUCAACGAAGCGUGAAGUUGUAACGUUCUUCAGUGAACAGCGGCAGUUCUCAAAUCUGAAAUUAUGUCACAGUCGAUUAAGAAUGUAGCGAUAUUUGGAGCCACGGGAAUGACUGGACUGGCAACCUUACCACUGGCUGUUGCAGCGGGUUACAAUGUGACGGUGCUGGUGAGAGACCCAGCCAGGCUGCCUGCUGACCACAAAGCCUCCAGGGUGGUGGUGGGAGAUGUCCUCAAUAAGGAUGCUGUGAAAAACACCAUGGAGGGUCAAGAUGCUGUUAUUAUCAUUUUGGGCACCAGGAAUGACCUCAGUCCCACAACAAUGAUGUCUGAAGGAACUAGGAACAUCCUGGAUGCCAUGAAGGCCAAGGGGAUUCGCAAAGUGGUUGGCUGUAUGUCAGCCUUCCUCCUAUGGGACCGGUCCAAAGUGCCGCCCAGACUCCUGCCGGUGACGGAGGAUCAUGAUAGGAUGUACAUGCUGUUGAAGGAGUCGGGGCUGGACUUCGUGGCCGUCAUGCCCCCUCACAUCGAUGAUAAACUACCACUGACAGAGAACUACACAGCGACAGAGAACAUGCUGAAAGGCCGGGUCAUUUCCAAACACGACCUGGGACACUUCUUUGUCAAGUGCUUGUCUAUCCCUGACUGGGACCGAAAGACCGUCGGGGUUUGUGGACAGUACAAUUAGCCCUAAGAUGACAGAAUCCUAUUCGGUUCUUGUCUCCCCAUACCAGUUACCACAUUUGGCCUAUCAGACAGAGCAAAUUGUAGCUUAUUUUUAUACUCCUCCCUGCUUGACAGGACAGCUUUACCUAUUGCUAAUGUUUUGUAAUUAUUAUAGUUAUGAUACUGGAUAUAUAACACAAUAAAUCUAUAUUGUAAUCAUUUUUGUGUGUACAAAUAAUGCAGUCUUUAAUUUGAUACAUUGUUUAUAAAAUGUCCAGCCCGAUAAUUUAAUGUUGAUUUAUGUAUGAGUGUAAAGCGAGAAAUUAAUUCGGCCUAUGCCUUGUUUUUCAUAGCCUAGGCCAGGGCUCCCAAAUGCUUUUUCUGCCCAACCCUCAAACCAUCCAUUAGGUUUUUUACUCAACUUUACAAUAGCCCAACUAAUUAUAGUUAUUAGCAGCUCAUCAAGCCCUUAACUAUCUGAAUUUGAUGUGUUAGGUUUAGAGUGAAAACCUACUGGAUGGUAGAUCUCCAGGAAGGCCUCCUUGGUUGGGUUUUCUGCCUGGGUCAUUCCUACCGCCCCUGAACACGCUUGUAGAUUAUGUCUCAGUGCUGUGUUGUUCCUCUGGCUAUGCACAAAUAAAAAGAAAAUUGUACAA